GUGGGAAGGAGCCUGGCAUCUUCUUUUAUGUAUCUUAUUUUUAGGACUUUUCCUUUGUUCCCGUUUGUCCAUUGACAAUCUUCUUCUUCUUUUCUAUUUACUUAAAUAAAUUACUUUGAGUUUCGACUGAUUUUAUUCGAGGUUUGGUGAGAGAAGAGAUAUCUCAUUCGCGAUGUCGGCGAAUUGCACAAACGCGCCAGAUGCCGUGCCCAGCGACGCUGGCGUUGCUGGUGUCGGUGUCCUCCUAUCCUUCAUAAUCACAGCCGGAAUCUCCCUCAUAAUCAGCGCCUCGCUCAUCUUCCAAGAAACCCGGCAAAAAACCGCCUCCGACUCCAUCCUGCGCCGGAAACUGCUAAACUCCUACUCGGACCAGCAAAUCCUAACCGGCAUCGGCAUCCAAAGCAUCGGGCUCGCCAAAGUGUCCUCCAUGGUCCCGUACCACUUCUUCCUAAUCUGGAUGCUCUCCCUGCUCUCCAUGGCCGUCCACAACGCCACCCUCCUAGCCCUCGCGCGCGACUUCCGCCGCGACUGGGUCCUGCGCUGGAUGCGGCAGCUCCUCAUGCUCGCGAACCUCGUGCUCUCCUGCGCGUACGGGGUAUAUAUCCUGCGCGCCGUCGAGCGCGGCAUCAACGACGCCACGUUCCCCGUCUCCUGCGUCUGGGACGCCGCGACCCCGACCUUCCCUCCUUCAGGCAACUACGGGCUUUCGUUCGCGGGCACCAUCGUCGUGAUCGCGGGGAAUGUGCUUAUCUUCGCUCUCGCGACGUGGUAUCUCCACGCCCGCACCACCCGCUUCUACGUCGUUUUCCGGGUCGUGGGAUUACUUCUCAUGACGGCCUUCGCGAUCGGCGCUACGGUCCGCGUGGCGUAUCUCGCGGACGCGUUUGCGAGCGGCACGCCGAUUCGAUUGAGUGAUAACGGGGAGACGCUGUGGAGUUUUGGACAGUUGCUUUCGGUGGGGAUGUUGCUCUUGCCGCUGGUGUCGAUUGUGGAGAUUCUGAGGGGAGAGAUUAAGUGCGCGCCGCCGGUGGCGCAGGUCUAUGAUGAUGAUAAGGGGGUUUUGUUGGGGGAGGAGACGGGGGAGG